ACAUAUACCAGGAGGGCUUGCCUCUGCAGCAGCAAAUAUUGGUCCUGGCGUUGCAUUGCGUCUCUCGGUCUGAAACAGUUUCGCAGCAUCAUCAGUUACUCGUCGUGGGCUCGACAGACACUAGACAGAACAAAGCAUCCAUAUCGAGAUUGAGAAGCCCCCCGGACGCCGAACUCAACCGCUCGCCAAGAUGAAGUGCUUUCCUCUCUUCCUCAGCGCCGUCGCUGUGGUCUGCGCUGCGGCAGACUCACUCAGCACCUACAUUCCCAAGUGUGCUGUUGGCUGCUUGACGACGGCUAUUGACACCGUCACCUCUUGCAAGGGGCCUGAGGAUCUCGAAUGCUUCUGCAUCGCCGACAACUACCGAGCCAUCUACGACAGUGGCGUAGCCUGCGUCCUCCAAGCAUGCGGCAACGACGUCUCGGUCGGCGAGGUUCUACCAGCAGCGGCAAGGAUGUGUGAGGAAGUCACCGGGGCCGGCGGCAAACCUGUCACUUCGGUGGGCUCCCUUACCACAAGUGCCACCACCCCUGGGCCAGCGGCCGCGAGCACAACAUCGAGCUCACCGAGCCCCAGCACGAGCAUCAACUCCAAUUCAAGGCUCAGGGCUCACUUCUUUCAGGGUAUUGCCCCAUUGGUCCUAGGGGUGGCCGUGAACGUCUAAGGGGGGGUUGAUAAAAGAUGAUGUAUUCUCGUAUAAUUUUCAGGGCAUGGGAGGUACUCCAUGAUGGCUCGCCACGGGCGACUACCACUCUCAUCGUAUUCCAGAAUGUUUCAUACGCACCCAAGCGCAGACUGAAACCCACCAUGGCACAUCCACUCAAUGAGCCCCGAAACUGCCGAGACUCAGAAGGGGUUCCAAACUCCUCGGACCAUUUCAUGUUCUCAUCUCGUGAAAUU